CUGAGGGAGCCCCGGAGAGAGGCGGAGACCCGGCCCGGCCGUUGCCCAGCCUGAAGCAGAGCGCUACAGUGCCCGCAGGGGGGACCGGGCUGCCGCCGACAGAGCCACGCUGCACAACCACCCGCUCCCCGAACCCAGUGCCACAAUGGCAACUGCACCUUACAACUAUUCCUACAUCUUUAAGUACAUCAUUAUUGGGGACAUGGGUGUAGGAAAGUCCUGUUUGCUUCAUCAAUUUACAGAAAAGAAGUUUAUGGCGGACUGUCCCCACACAAUUGGUGUUGAAUUUGGCACAAGAAUAAUUGAAGUUAGUGGCCAAAAAAUUAAACUACAGAUUUGGGAUACAGCAGGACAAGAGCGAUUCAGGGCUGUCACACGAAGCUACUACAGAGGAGCAGCAGGAGCUCUCAUGGUGUACGACAUUACCAGAAGAAGUACGUAUAAUCACUUAAGCAGCUGGCUGACAGAUGCAAGGAACCUCACCAAUCCAAAUACUGUGAUAAUCCUCAUAGGAAAUAAAGCAGAUCUGGAAGCACAGAGGGAUGUUACAUAUGAAGAAGCCAAACAAUUUGCUGAAGAAAAUGGUUUAUUGUUCCUUGAAGCAAGUGCAAAAACCGGAGAGAACGUUGAGGACGCGUUCCUGGAGGCUGCCAAGAAAAUCUACCAGAAUAUCCAAGAUGGAAGCCUGGAUCUGAACGCUGCAGAAUCGGGUGUACAGCACAAACCAUCGGCUCCGCAGGGGGGGCGACUAACCAGUGAACCCCAGCCCCAGAGAGAAGGCUGCGGCUGCUAGUGACCUCUGUUUCAUGGCUCCAUUUCUGACCUUUCACCUCUGUCUGUCAGAAGCGGUGCUUUUGACUGCUUCCCUGUCUUCUGUACAUCUUACUGGGUUUAAUUAAAACUCUGAGACAAGUUUAACACAGUACUAAACUGCUAAACAACUUUAGAUGUAAUCAGGUUAUCAAAGGCAAGUAGAGUAAUAAAACCUCUCCUGCAUGGUAAAUCUAGAAGUUUUUUUUUCUUGAUUGUCCUUGUGAUAGUGUCACCGAUACAUAAUUUAAACUGAGCACUGAUGCUGGACUCAUGAUUUUACACUUCCGCAGGGCUUUGUCUUGUACGGUUUAAUUUUACGGUUCUUUGGCCUUUCUUCCCCACCUCUAACUGUUUAGAGCUGUCCAUAGUAAAGGAUGAGUUUUUGCUGUGAAAUGGCUGCCGAUGGUAGCAGGGGCUCUGUAACAAUGUGCUUUUGGUGAAAGAAUUCCUGUGGGGUGUGGUGGGGGUCGGGGUGGGCUGGCGCAGGAGCGUACGACUUGCACAGGGAAACAAUCCAUUUGUUCUUGUGCUCAUAGCUUUAUGUCAUUUUUUUGCCACUUUUAUCCUUUACCUUUGUUAACAGAACGUAAAUAUGUAUAAAAUUUGAAGGAACUGAGCUAACAGUUAAAUACAUCCUGUGUAUAUGAUUUUAAUGAAGAAAAUGAUUACUGGCAUUAGAACAGUAUAUAAGAAAAUACCGGUUUGUACAGUAUGACCUGUAUGUGAGCACGUUGCCCCGUUAGUACAGAGAUAGCUGUGACUGCAGAUCACUAAUGCAGGCUUAACUCCCCGUGCCGACAGCGGACAUUGUGCUGGGGGAGCUCAAAUCCUGAUGCGGAAACUAACACUAGUGGAGUCUGUCUCAUCUUUGCACUGUGGUAUACCUAUGCCAUCUUAUUAAUCCUGUUCUGUGCAGUCGGCAGCGUGCUAACGUGCUUUUCUCUUCCGUAAGCAUUUUGUGUUACUGGGCUUCAUCACCUGCCUUGCAUCGUAUACAAAGGCUGGGUCUCUUGCACAUCUUACGCUUUUAUACCUUUACCUUUCUAAAUGGUCAGAGGCUGAACUGGACAGUCCGAACAAUGCACGUGCUCUCUAGGGAUUUUUAACUACUGUUGUAUUUUCUAACAGCCCCGUGUGAGGGUUUAAGACUUGGGCUGUUUCACUGAGCCUUUGAGUCCAUCCUCCAUGGGGUGACACAACCCCUGUCAAGUGGCGACGGUGCACGUGGGGAGGUUGCUGAACCACGUGUGGGGUUUGCUGUGGCAUCAGGCUGGAAUGUGUGGUUCUACAUCCAGUACUGCCAUGUUUCACCUGGAAACUAGCACAUAGGGUUUAAAAAUGGGAGGGGGUAAGUGCUUAACCACAAUCAAAUGUCCACCUUUAGUCUUACUGCAGUGUUUAAAAUACAAAGUAGUCCUAAAAUGCCUCUCUAGACACUAAAAACUAUACAAUGUUCAGACUUGUAAGUAAACAGUGGUACCAGAGUAUUGUACAGUCAAUGUUCAAUAAAAGCCAAAACUGGAAUGUGCAGACAAUAGGAUUUGGGUAACUUGUGCACUGUCCCUUUGUUUUGUCUGGUUAGUCCUUUUUUAACUAAUAUUCUUAAGUAGAUGGGUGUGUUCAAGAUCUACAGCUAAUGCAUCCUGCUUAAACCGAGGCUGUACUGCAAAGGGUUUGCCCAGGGACCACGACCUGCUGCUGCCGUGGAGUCAAUGUUCUAAUGCCUACAGCUUGUUGAGGUGCAAUACCUGUACUCCCAGAGUAAGUUACAGCCGGUCUUACUGUUUCUGUCACAGAAAGCGUUUGUUUGGACUGCUGUACUCCUCAUUUGAUGUAACAAUGCUAUUAAUCUAAAUAUUUGUAAAUAAAGUACCUGUAUCUAGAUAAACUA